AGGCCAAUGUGUGCCGCGGUCACGCUUGUCAUGUCUGCCACGUUUGCAAUGUUUGCCAUUUUCGCUUUAUGCAUCCCUGUCGUCCGCCCUAAUGGCGCAAGGAGGUACGAACACACAGCACACAUACUUCCGCGAAGGUACCUAUGUGCUUCCCCCACGUUCGCGCUGCGCACACUUAAGUUAAAAAAAAAAAAAAAGGUGGGCCAUUCAAGGCAAUUUUUAGGAGGUUUUUUUGCUAAACAUUUCUGUCCCAAAAGUGGAAAUAAUAUAUCCCCCAAUUAUUUAAAACAAAUGCGUAAAAUGAAAACUACUGCGAUGUGAUCGUCCGAUCUUCCUCUCGCUGGUGAUACGCCGUUUUAUUAUGUUUAUUCAAUUUGUCCUUUUGCGUGCACAUGGUACAAUCACAGUAACAGUUUUUUUUUUCCAUUUUGCAUCGCACAAAUAGUAAACCCGUUUAUGCAAGAAUGUACAUAAAGUGUAAAGCGUAUAAUCAUCCCCACUAAAUGUGCAGAUAAAAAAAAAUAAAAUGGGUGCCCUAUUAUAAUUGCCAUGUGCUGAAGGUAUACCGACAGUUACGUAAUUUAAAAAGGGGGAAAAAUUCAGCACCGAGCGUUUUCAAAGAAAUGAAAAAUAUAUAUACUGAUAAGAAGAGGAAAAGUUCACAAAUUACAUACCGCAUGUGUAACACUCCUUUUCAUUCACUCAUUUGUGCCGCGCGUUACGUGAGCAUAUUUCACUUAAAGGCGCAUUUGUCAACAGGGCGACGAUUGCGAUAAAUCUUGGAACUGUUUGGGCAUCCCUUAGAUUAAAUCUUCGCCGCUCCAUAGCAUUCUUGUCAUUUAAAAAUUGUUUUAUUUCUACCAAAUUUUUUGUUUGAACGUUUUUUUAUUCAUAUUUGUUUGUUCCUCUUUUUUUUUUUUUUUUUUUGCAUAUGCCCAUUUCGUUAUUUAUUUAUUUUAUUUUUUUUGCAUAUGCCAUUUCGAUAAUUUUUUUUACUUUUGGCGUAUUCACAUUUGAAUGACAUUUGAGAGACCAUGUUUUAGUUUUUUUUUUUUUGUAACAUUGUUCCGUACGCAGAUCACACACAUGUCGCACGCUCCUGCGCUUACGGCCCCACAUAUGCACACGUGCAAUCGUGCAGACAUGUAUGUACACCAGUACACACGUUUGCGUACUGCUAUUUAUACACAUACACAUGCGCGAUAGCGUGAGGGGAGCGUGCCACUUCUACACACGCACAAAUCAAAUGCGAAAUGUGAUGAUACUUUAAAAUGAAUAGCGACCGAGUAACUAAUGGAGGAGGCGUUGACGAAAGAAUUAAUAAUGUGAAACAUUUGUUUUGUAACAACCAAGAAGAAAUUAAAAAGGUGAAUGAAAUUAUUGAGGAGACGGAUAAAAUUUUGUACAAUUUUGCCGUGAACGAUGAGGGGUACAGCAAAUAUAGUUCCCUGGACCACGAGUCCCACGUGUAUUUUAAAAAAGUUAACAAUGUAGACGUAGGAAAACUCACCCUGGUCUUCCACGACGCCACCAAGCUCGAAAAGUUAAUAGAAAUAAUAUGGGACGAAAAUGGAACCAAGAAAUUUGACCCGCAUUUUAUAGAAGGCAAAAUUCUGCGCGUGUACAAUAAAGACCUAAUCCUACUGCAACAGAGCUAUAAGGGCACACUAGGAAACGAGGGAAGAUACUUUUACAUUCUUGCGCACAAAAAGAAAGUAAACAAGGACACCUACCUCAUUGCGUGCGCCUCGAUAAACGUUAACGACCAUAAGAAAAAUCAAAGCACGUUCACAAACCCGUUCAUCAGUAGCGCCAACUCCUUUUCACUGGACAUCGAAUGUGACGAAAAAAUUAAAAACUCCUCGUUACGAAAAAUGUUUAUUAAUGUGUCUGGAUAUUAUAUAAGGAGGGAAGGCGCCUGCCUGAAUUUUACCUACAUUUCUUCGAUCGAACUCGAUACGUCCCCUUUGAUUCCGCAAUUUAUCAUACGAAAAAUUAAGGCAAGUAAAAUGUCCCAACUGAAAAUACUAAAAAACCACCUCUGAGAAUUAAGCUUGUAAAAAUAAAUCGCAUAUGUGUAGUGUAUGUUACGUCUGCAUUAUUACUAAAUUAACAUCGUAAUUUUACCCCCAUUUUUUCCUUUUUUUUGCUUAUUCAUUUUUAAUUCCCUUUGUAAUUGCAACAUGAUAAAUUUUUUAUUUUUUA